AUGAUCGGCGAGGACUUGUAUAAGAAAGGGAAGGAUGAUUUGUUCCUGAAAUGCGUCAGCUUGAAUGAGGCCACGCUGGUAAUGGCCGAGGUACAUGAGGGCAUCUGCGGAGCUCACCAAGCGGGUCCCAAGAUGAGGUGGUUAAUCAGGCGUCAUGGUUACCAUUGGCCAACAGUAAUGUCAGAUUAUGUCAAAUAUGCUAAAGGUUGUUGGGCAUGUCAGACCCAUGGACCGGUGCAACGCCUUCCAGCGGCAGAAUUCAACCCUGUAGUGAAACCAUGGCCAUUUAGAGGAUGGGCUAUGGACCUGAUCAGGAAAAUCUCGCCGCCAGCAACACGGGGGCAUUGCUUCAUCAUUGUGGCAACGGAUUACUUCACCAAGUGGGUGGAGGCCGUGCCAAUGAAGGGAGUCAAUCAGACCGAACUAAUCCGGUUCUUAAAGUGCCAUAUCAUCCACGGAUUCGACCUCCCAAAGACUGUCACUUGUGAUAAUGGGAGUGUGUUCGUAGGGGAUGAAGUGGUCGCAUUUAUGACUGGGCUAGGGAUAAUGUUUACUCACUCUACCCCAUACUAUGCACAAGGCAACGGGCAGGCCGAAGCGAGCAACAAGAUCCUUAAGGGGUGCCUAUCGAAGGUAGUCGACGAUAACCCAAGACAGUGGGUAGACAUGCUCUCAGAGGUCCUGUGGGUGUUCAGGACAUCUCAACAGACCAACACCGCCACCACACUUUUUGCCCUAACCUAUGGUCAUGACGCGGUAUUGCCAGUGGAGGUAAGCAUAAGGUCAGCAAGGUGGCGUUCCAACAGGGACUCUCGCCAACAGCCUACCAAGAGGCCAUGA